AUGUCGUCCGACGAAAGUGAUGACGAUUACCAGCAGAAGCCUUCAAUUAACGAGGACAGUGGUUCUGAUGACUCAGACGGUUCGAACAGCGAAGGGGAGAAAAAACCUGCAACUAAGAAGCCAGUGAAGAGAAAGCUGGAGUCUGACAGUGAAGAAGAUGAGGAGGAAGAAGAGAAGGAAGAAGAGAGUGAACUUGAUUCCGAAGAAGAGGAAGAAAUCAAGCAAACUGCAAAGAAGAAAAAGAGAGGAAGGAAGUCACGACAGCCUAAAGGCACGGAUUUUAUUAUUCGAGAUGUCUAUGUAGAUGAUGAUGCGGAAGAAGAUGACGAUUAUGUUGAUGAUGAUGAUCGAGGUUUUGAACCUAAUGAAAGAGAAGAGGCUGAACGAUAUAUGAAGCAAAUUGAAGCUGAAAGAAGAAGUGAAAGAAAUCUCUUCGCGAAUAUGAACGAAGAUGAAAUUGGAAGAUACUUUGAAAACAAGUACAAAUCAGCUCCCUCUAGAGAUAUGGUCGAUGAUGAUGGAGGCCUCGAUGAUAUUUCUCAGCACAGUUUGCUGCCAUCCACCAAAGAUCCUAAUUUAUGGAUCGUUAAGUGUCGAAUGGGAGAAGAGAAGCUUGUUGCAAUGCAGCUCAUGAGAAAGUAUAUUGCAUAUGAAACAAGUGAUGAGCCUCUACAAAUCAAAUCUAUAGUUGUUAAAGAAGGAUUAAAAGGGAUGAUAUAUAUUGAAGCUUACAAACAAUCUCAUGUAGCUAGUGCCAUUGAUGGAAUCUCUGCGCUUAACUCUUAUAACAUUGCUAUGGUUCCGAUUAAAGAUAUGGUUGAUACUUUGCGAGUUGUGAAAGACACUCCUACUCUGAAAUCCGGAUCUUAUGUCAGACUGAAAAGGACCAUGUAUAAAGAUGAUUUAGCUCAGGUUGAUUUAGUUGAUAUAGCUUCCAAUAAAGUAAACUUGAAAAUAGUUCCUAGAAUCGAUUACAGCAGAAUGCGAGGAGCUCUCAGAACUGACGCCGAUAGAAACGCUAAGAUAAAGAAGCGAGCACCUUGUCGUCUUUUCGAUUUGGAGCGGAUCAAGGAAAUUGGAGGAGAAGUAACAAACGAUGGUGAUUUCCACAUUUUCGAAGGUGGUCAUUACCGUAGAGGAUUUUUAUACAAAUCUUUCCCGAUGAAUGCAAUUAUUGCCGAGGGUGUCAAACCCACUUUGGCAGAGCUUGAAGUUUUUCAGGAGAAAAAUCAAGAUUUGAAGAAAGAAUUAGAAGCAACUACCGUGAAAGAUAUGGGACACAAUUUCGCUCCAGGAGACAUGGUUGAAGUCACUGAGGGUGAAUUGGUCAACCUCAGGGGAAAAGUAGAAAGUGUCGAGGGCGAUAAAAUUGUGAUCUUACCUGAACAUGAAGAUCUAAAGGAAGCUUUAACACUAAAUUCUUAUGAACUGAAAAAGUUCUUUAAAACCGGUGAUCACGUCAAAGUAAUAGGAGGACGUUACGAAGGAGAUACUGGAAUGAUUGUUAGAGUUGAAACGAAUAUGGUGGUGGUUAUCAGUGAUUUGGGUGUAGAUGAGAUGAAAGUACGUCCCAGAGAUGUCCAAUUAUGUGCUGAUGUUACCACUGGAGUAGAUUCCCUUGGUCAGUAUCAAUAUCACGACCUGGUGAUGUUAGAUCAACAAACUGCUGGAGUUAUUACACGUUUGGAAAAAGAACAUGUUGAGAUUCUCACAAUCCAUGGAAAGGUCAUCCGUGUUAAGCCUCAAUCCAUUCAAUGUAAAAAGGAUAGUCGGAACAUCAAAGCAUUGGACAGCCAGCAAAAUACUAUUGAAGUACGUGAUAUGGUAAAGAUUAUCGAUGGUCCUCAUGCUGCUAAGAAAGAUAAAGAAGAAGAGAAACAAGGAGAGAUCAAGCAUCUUUACCGAUCAUUUGCAUUCAUUUACUCUCGUCGUCAUACCGAAAAUGGAGGUAUCUUUGUAUGCAAACCUCGUCACCUUCUCCUUGUUGGUUCUAAACCCAAAGCUUCUGAAAUUCCUGCAAUGAACCGCCUAAUGGCAACUCCCAAUCCUUUCAUGUCUCCUAGAAGAACCGACACUUCUAGUGUAUUCGGUGGCAUGACUCCAGCUCAAAGUGUGUCCGGCAGAAGUAUGCGAGGUGGCCAAACCCCUGGUAGUACAGCAACCGGUGCUAUGGGGCCUCCUCUUAAUAACCCUACUAGGGCUAGGAGAGACAACUCCCUAAUAGGAAAAAGUGUUCGAAUCACUCAAGGUCCUUUGAAGGGAUACUUUGGAAUUGUCAAAGAUGCUACUGAACAAACUGUUCGAGUGGAACUUCAUACUCAAUGCAAAACCAUAUCUGUGGAUCGCUCUAGAAUUCUCCUUGUUGGAGAUGGAACUCCAGGAGGAUCUGUUACAAAUGUCUACAGUCGUACUCCAGCUGCCUUUGAUGACGGCCGAACACCUAUGUAUAGUAGCAAGACACCCAUGUACGGUGCCCAAACUCCCAUGUAUGGUGCUCAGACACCGAUGCAUGAUAGUGCAAGGACUCCUCAUUAUGGUGGAAUGACACCAGGAUAUGAUGGAGGCAGAACUCCGGCCUAUGAUGGAGGGCGCACUCCAGCUCAUGACGGUGGCCGCACUCCAGCUUAUGAUGGAGGUAGAACCCCAGCUUAUGACGGAGGUAGAACUCCAGCCUAUGAUGGUGGUAGAACUCCCGCAUAUGAUGGAGGAAGAACUCCAGCUUAUGAACCUGCAGCUACACCUGGACGUGAUAAUGAUAAGAGAAGUGAUGACGAAGAAGAUUCUGGACCUCACUAUGAUGCCCCAGGAUCUCCAACAUACAGCGUACCUACACCAGGCGCUUUGCUUAAUCCUCAAACUCCAGGAUAUGCUCCUGAAACUCCAUUAGGUAAUUACAAUCCUCUCACCCCCGGUGGUAUGUAUGGAGACUAUUCCGCUCCUUCACCUUAUGUACGGAACGACUCUAAUGACCAUAUCACACCCGGAGAGAUUCCUAUUCAUUUCUUGGAAAAUGGAGAAUGGGUUAUGGAGAACUUGUUUGUUACUAUUAAAAAUAACCAUGAUGACACCCGAUAUCAUGACAGGGAGGGAAUGGUUAAGAAAGUGCAGAAUGGUCGAUGUCAAGUACUCCUUACGGAUUAUGAUGAUCUUGUCGAUGCUGACUUCGAUCAGAUUUUACCGGUUCGUCCUAAGGUUGAUGAUUACACUCGGGUUAUUUACGGAGAUGAGACCGGAUUUAUGGGUCAAUUGUUGUCUUGUGACGACGAAGAAGGAUUAAUAAAGGGUGCUAAUGACAAAAUGAAGAUGGCUCCCGUAUCGUUAUGUUGUAAAAUGGAGGGAUAA